AUGUACCCCAAUAAACAAAUUUCUUAUUCUUACUCUUAUCUGAAAGGAUUGUUGGAGCGUCUUGCAAAUGGCGGACAAGUUCUCAUUGCGGAAGGAUAUGUAAUAGAACUGGAGAGAAGAGGUUAUCUGCAGUCCGGAGGUUUUAUACCGGAAGUAGUUUUAGAACAUCCGGAGAUUGUCCGAGGACUACAUCGAGAGUUUGUACAUGCUGGCACCGAUGUGGUAGAAGCAUUUACAUACUACGGUCAUAGGGAGAAACUGCGAACAAUCGGACGUGAGGACGACUUAGAGAGGCUAAAUAGAACAGCUCUUAAGAUCGCGCGAGAAGUGGCAGACGAGACUGGAACUUUGAUGGCUGGCGGACUUUGUAACACUAACAUAUAUGACAAAGAUGAUGUUACUACACAUGACCAAGUCAAGGAGAUGUUUAAGGAACAGGUAGAGUGGGCGGUGGAGGAGGGGGUGGACUACAUCAUAGCGGAGACAAUGAGCUACUACGGGGAGGCUAAACUAGCGCUGGAGGCAAUAAAACAGUAUGGGAAAGGUGUCCCAGCCGUGAUAACUAUGUCAAUUCAUGUACCGGAAAAGACGGUGGAUGGACUACCAAUAGCUGAGGCAUGUCGUAAACUAGAGGAGGAGGGAGCGGCCGUAGUGGGUCUAAACUGUGGGCGUGGCCCAAGGACAAUGUUACCUACAAUCAGAGAUAUAAGGAAAGUAUGCAAGGGUCCGAUAGCCGCCCUUCCCGUGACAUUUCGGACUACAGAUAAAUAUCCCUCGUGGAUCGCUUUAAAAGAUCCGGAUACAGAAAAGGACGUGUAUCCGACGAAUUUGUCCUGUGUUGCAUGUAGCCGGGAUGACAUCAGACAAUUUGCAGAAGAAGCGAAGGCGAUUGGUGUCAAUUACGUCGGACUUUGCUGCGGAAAUGCUCCAUUCUUCUUCCGGGAGCUAGCGGAAGUGUAUGGUCGGAAACCUGAUGCGUGCAAAUAUUCUCCCGAUGUAUCUGCAAACGUGAUUGUUGGCAAGCAUACAAAACAUUCACAAAAAAUGAAGGAAAUUGUAACAGCUGACAAUAUUUAAAGGUCCGACUAAUUGGUUUUACUCACUGGAAUUUCUACUUCGACAAGUUUACUCGGGAUAAUGAUCAUUAAAGAACAAAACGACGUCGAUAUUUCAGGAAAUUAACACAGCGAACUUAUCUUACAAUCACAGACCAUUUUCAACUAUUUCAAAGCUGAAACUUCUCGCAUAACAAUAAUUCCACAGCGGACAUUUUCUACUAACUUAAACUAUACUACAAAAUGCAUGUUCACAUAAUAUACUAAUAAAACAAGUCAGAAAUUUAGUAAAUCAACGCAGAAAUUAAUUAGGAGUUUGUUGCUGUAUUAUAUUGUUAAUUUCUAAAAAUCGCCAGUUAGACUAAAAGAAGAGGUAUAAUUUACUGAAACUGCAUUUUUUGUUUUUUAGUGGUUUGUUUAAAUUGAUGAGAUAUAACAAAACAAUAUUAACAACACGAUGUACGAAUAAAGUUUUACGAAAAAAAAACAAGCCAGGUUUAAGACUUCUACUUUCACAUUGUCAUCGCAUUCCUGAUCGUAAUUGGCAUAUGCUGUUAUGGCAACGAUGAAGAUCGUGGUUUUGCCAUGAUAUUGCAUUUACCUACUUUUACUUAUAGUUGACAAUAUACUACACGAUACAUUCUGUCUGAAAUUAUCAGCAUAACCAAUCAAAUAAAUUAUAGUCCGUUGCAUUCGUGUUUAAAUUUUGAUCGUUUUUGUGCAAUCUUUCGAUACUGAAAAACUGAGUUCAAAAAUCGCACCAUAAACAUUAACAUCGAAAGCUAUUUUUUCCUAAGUACAACCAUGUUUCCAACAUGCAAAAUGAUAAAAAAAAAAAAGGUUUUUGGUUACGAUAUUGUGUAUUGUUUUACUUUUAAUGUG